GUCUUGUUUCCUGGUCAAGGUAGCCAGUUUGUGGGUAUGGCAACCGAUAUAGGCCAUAGAAAUGUUGUCAAGGAUUUAUAUCGUCGUGCAUCAGAAGUAUUAGGUUAUGAUCUUAUGAAAUUAUCUAGCCAAGGCCCAAAAACAAUGUUAGACAGUACAAUUUAUUGCCAGCCAGCGGUUGUUGUUGCUUCUUUGGCUGCCUACGAAGUUCUACGUCAGGAUAGACCUGAACUACUUGAAGGAUGCAAUGCAGCUGCUGGAUUUAGUGUCGGUGAAUUUUCAGCUUUAGUUGUUGCUGGAGCAAUAUCUUUCGAAGAUGCAAUAAGGAUCGUAAAAUAUAGAUCGGAGAGCAUGCAAAGAGCGUCAGAUCGUAGAAAGACAGGCAUGCUAACAACUUUAGGAUUGGAUUUAGAACAGAAUCAGCAAAUUUGUAACAAAGUUGCUUCGGAAAUUUUGGGCGAUGACGGGAUUUUGCAAGUAGCCAAUGUAUUAUUUCAUAAUUGUUGUGUAUUAGCUGGCGACAUCCGAGGACUGCAUCAUAUUAAAGAUAACUAUCGCCAACUUGGCUUCAAGAGGGUAAGGCAGCUGCCGGUCAGUGGUGCUUUUCAUACGCCCGCUAUGUCAGAGGUUCAGUCUAGUCUUAAGGAAGCCCUGCAAAAUGUCGAGAUUACUAUGCCUAUAUACGAUGUCUAUUCAAAUGUGACUGCAGGUGAGUAUCGAUCAGUAUCUGAAAUUAUAAGUUUACUACAAGAACAAGUUACGAAGCCCGUUUUGUGGGAGCAGAGCAUAAAAUCAAUAUAUGAUAAAUUUAAAUGUGAUCAUUGGUACGAAUUUGGUCCAGGUACGCAGUUAACAACGACAAUAAAGAAAAUA